GAGUAAUAAAAUAUAAUCAAGAUAAAACAAAAAAAAUAAAAAAUUGACACCUCUGAAGCACAAACACCCAUGUUCUUCAUCUCUUCUUAGCAUACACAAAAAGUUUACUAGUAUAUAAAUUGUAAUCUUCAUUCCCCUUUUUCCUCUUUUUGUUCUUCUCUUCCUAAAAAAUAAAAAAUAAAAAAAUUAAUAUAUGUUUUAAAAAAAAAAUUCUCCCUGUCUCUCUCUCUAUUAGCAAUUUUUUUUUCUUUUACAAUAUAGUACCAAUAUGAUUCCUUAUGGAUGUACCAAUUGAGAUAUAGUACUACUAGCUUUUAAGAUACUUUUGUUCUUGUUUGUUUUUGUGUUUGUGGGUAUUUUCUUUUUUCCAUUUUUAAUACAUAUUUUUCAUGUAAAAAAAAAAAUUCAAGAAUUUGAAGGAAGUAUGAAUCUUGUUGCUAGUUCUAGUGUUUCUUGGAAAUCUAAUAGUAAUAAUAGUGAUAGAGUUGAAAAAAAUGAGUUUCCAGCAGGUUUAAGAGUACUUGUUGUUGAUGAUGAUCCUACUUGUUUAAGGAUCUUGGAGAAGAUGCUUAGGAAUUGUCAUUAUGAAGUCACCAAGUCCAAUCGAGCGGAGAUUGCCUUGUCAAUGCUCCGCGAGAACAGAAAUGGUUUUGACAUUGUUAUUAGUGAUGUCCACAUGCCGGACAUGGAUGGUUUCAAACUUCUUGAGCAUGUUGGUUUGGAAAUGGACCUGCCUGUUAUAAUGAUGUCUGCGGAUGACAGUAAGGAUGUCGUUAUGAAAGGUGUUACUCAUGGUGCAUGUGAUUAUCUGAUCAAACCGGUGCGUAUUGAGGCGUUGAAGAACAUUUGGCAGCAUGUGAUUCGUAAAAAGAAGCACGAGUGGAAGGACAAAGAUUUCGAACAAUCGACAAUCGUGGAAGAUGGAGAUCAACAUCAAAAACCACCAGAAGACGUUGAUUAUUCAUCUUCAGCUAAUGAAGGCAACUGGAAAAGCUCAAAGAGAAGAAAGGAGGAGGAAGAUGAAACUGAAGAAAGGGAUGAUACAUCCACAUUAAAGAAGCCACGUGUCGUUUGGUCGGUGGAGCUUCAUCAACAGUUUGUACAAGCUGUCAACCAACUUGGAAUCGACAAGGCUGUUCCCAAGAAAAUUCUUGAACUGAUGAAUGUUCCCGGACUAACAAGAGAAAACGUUGCCAGCCACCUUCAGAAAUAUCGGCUGUACCUCAGGAGGUUGAGCGGUGUAUCACAGCAUCAGAAUGGAUUGAAUGACUCGUUUAUGGGACAUCCGGAAGCAGCAUACGGGACAAUGACUUCUUUCAGUGGGCUUGAGCUUCAAGCUUUAGCUGCCACUGGUCAACUUCCCGCACAAAGUCUUGCUACCUUCCAGGCGGCUGCAUUAGGUAGGUCUGCGACAAAAUCUGCCAUAUCUAUGCCUCUCGUAGAUCAAAGAAACCUUUUCAGCUUUGAAAAUCCCAAGUUGAGAUAUCCUGAGGGACAGCAACAGUUAAAUAAUAGCAAUAAGCAAAUUAACUUGCUUCAUGGAAUUCCAACAACCAUGGAACCGAAGCAGCUAGCAGAUCUGCACCAGUCGUCGCAGUCCUUUGUGGCUAUGAAUAUGCAAGGGAACGCCAGAAUGCAACAAAAUAAUGCUCUACUAAUGCAUAUGUCUCAACAACAACAAAAACAGCCGUCUAGGGGUCAAAUGCUAAAUGAAUCCAGUAACGGUCAAGUUUCUCAGCCUCCGUUGUCCAUGCCACAACCUUUGUCCUCAAACGGGAUACCUGCUGCAAUCUUAUCACGAAAUGGCAUCGUUGACAACGUACGAGGUCCGGUAUACAAUCCAGUCUCCCCAGCAUCUUCAAUGGUAGAUUUCUCGCUAAAUCAAACUACGGAGUUGCAAAACAGUUUUCCUCUUGUGAGUAGCAAUUCCGGGAUGUCAACUCUGACAUCUAAAAGAUUGCUUCCGGAAGAGGUUAACUCUGAUAUUAAAGGAUCCAGAGGAUUCCCUGUCGGUUACGAUAUUUUUGAAGAACUGCAUCAGCAAAAAUCGCAGGAUUGGGGUAUACAAAAUGUCGGAUCAGCCUUCGGCGCCUCUGAUCAUUCAGGUAUACCAGGAACUCUAGAUGUCUCACCGUCCAUGUUAGUUCAACAAGGUAUUUCGUCAAUGAAGAAGAAUGGACAAAAUGGGAAUUCGCCUAUGGGCGGACCGCAACUUAACUUAUUUUCCGGUGGAAAUUUGCUUACUGUUAAAGCUGAACAACUUCCUGAUACGAGCUAUCAAAGUAACCUUUUUCUGGAGCAAUUUGGACAAGAUGAUCUCAUGAGUGCCAUUUUGAAGCAGCAAGAAAGCGUCGGAGAAGUUGAAACUGAGUUUGGCUUUGAUGGAUAUCCACCACUGGACAAUCUUCCUGUGUAAGCCGUGAAAACUGUGUACUUUACACUUUUGGACAUAAUUCAGAGUCAUUAGUGUACAUAGUUGUCUUUACAGCUGAAAAUUGACUUCUGUGAACAAAAAACCGGUGGAGUUUCAGCUCGUUGUUCAGUUCUUGAUGUUGGAUUCUCGUCUAGCUGCAUCUUUCGAUCAAGUAUGAAGGGUAAUUUGUGUAUGAUACUUCUGCAUGGUAUUGCAAAGGCGUACAUGCAAAGUUUUGACUUCUAUAUAGCUAGGUGAAAAUUUAGGACGAUUUGCAUAUCGUAGAAGUAAUUUUCGUGGAGGUGUUUUGUUUGUGAGAUGCAUCGCGUUUGGCAUAGGGAUUCUCUUUAAACGUUCGAGUUGUUUACUAACUGCAAUAACCUGGUUUUAAUUUCUUCUACUUCACUUUCAGAAGUUGAGGAUCUUGAUGUACAGAUUAAAUUUGGAUUGCCAUAAUGUGCAAGUCUCUGGGAUUCUUUUACUA